GGCCGCAGCAUCUCAACCGGAACUGUUUUUCAGAGGAUAGAAGCUUUGUGUAAAGAUUCUCUUCACUGCCUUUACCUCUUCUAGGUGUUUAAAGGAUGUCUCGUGCACGCCAGCCUCCCUUGGUGACUGGCAUCUCACCCAACGAGGGCGCGCCGUGGACCAAAGUCACUAUUCGUGGAGAGAACCUGGGCACUGGACCCAAUGAUCUCAUAGGUCUGUCUAUCUGUGGUCAUAACUGUUUGCUGACAGCAGAAUGGAUGUCUGCUAGUAAGAUAGUGUGUCGAGUGGGUCCUGCUAAAGAUGACAAGGGCGAGAUCAUUGUCACCACCAGGAGCGGAGGCCAAGGGACAUCCACGGUCUCCUUCAAACUGCUCAAACCCGAGAGGAUCGGCAUUCUGGAUCAAUCUGCGGUCUGGCUUGAUGAGUUGAAUUACUAUGACAUGAGGACUGAUCGCAACAAAGGAAUCUCUCCUCUCUCGUUGAGGCCGGCCAACCCUUUGGGCAUCGAAAUAGACAAAGGGAAUGUUCCUCUGAAGGAUCUGGAGAACAUGUUCCCUAGUAUGAGUGGAGACUUCACUAGUGAGAAUUUCUCUGCCACCUGGUAUCUCAUCGAGAACCAUUCUUCAACCAGCUUUGAGCAACUGCGUGCGGCUGUGGUAAAUCUUAAGAAACAGGCCAGUAAGAAGAAUGAGGGCAGUCUGGCCUACGUGAAAGGAGGUCUCAGCACUUUCUUUGAGGCUCAGGAUGCUCUUGCAGCUAUCCAUCAGAAGCUUGAAUCGGACGGCACUGAGAAGGUGGAAGGCUCUAUGACCCAGAGACUAGAGAACGUCCUUAACAGAGCAAGUGAAACUGCUGACACCCUGUUUCAAGAAGUGUUGGGCAGAAAGGACAAGGCCGACUCCACACGCAAUGCUCUCAAUGUCCUCCAGAGAUUCAAAUUUCUGUUUAACCUGCCACUCAACAUUGAGCGCAACAUCCAGAAGGGCGAUUACGACGUUGUUAUAAAUGAUUAUGAGAAAGCCAAAUCUCUGUUUGGGAACACAGAGGUCCCUGUCUUUAAGAAAGUGUAUUCGGAGGUGGAGACGCGGAUAGAAGCCCUGAGGAAACUGCUUUUGGAUAAACUUCUGGAGACGCCAUCCACUCUACAUGAUCAGAAACGCUAUAUCAGAUACCUGUCGGAUCUACAUGCUCCAGGUGACCCAGCAUGGCAAUGUAUAGUCGCUCAACACAAGUGGAUCCUGCAGCUAAUGCAAAACUGUAAAGAAGAUUUGAUCAAAGAGCAGAAAGUGGGUGGUGUGAGUUUAGAGCUGGAUCGCUCCUCAGCUCUGAACAGGAUCAGCCUCUCAGCUCCAGUGAAGAGAGGAGGCAGCUUCCAGACACCUAAAGAUGACUCGUGGCACUAUAAGAGCCCUCAGCAGGUGAGGUUUGUGGAGAAGCUCUCAGACGUGGUCAUCAGCCAGCUGCCCAACUUCUGGAAACUGUGGAUCUCUUACGUCAAUGGCAGCCUGUUCAGUGAGACGGGAGAGAAGUCUGGUCAGGUGGAGAAGUUAAAGAAGAACGCCCGGCAAAGACAGAAUGACUUUAAGGGCAUGAUUGAGGAGGUGACCCGUCGUUUGGUGCAGUUGGUUCGAGGGGCUCUGUUACCCUCCUCACUUACUGAGCAGCAGCUGAGGCAGUAUGGAGGCUGGGACACCAAAACCCCUCUCAGUGGAGCCUGGCUCACUCAGGUCAUCCACACCGUCAGGUUAAGUCAUGAAGCUCUGUCAGCUUUAGAGAUUCCUAAUGACUUGCUGCAGGUGAUUCAGGAUUUACUUCAGGACCUGCGUGUGCACUGCCUGCUGACCACACUACAGCACACUGAAGAGGACGUUAAGAGACUUGCAGAAAAAGAAGACUGGGUUGUGGACAAUGAAGGAAUCACGUCACUGCCGGCCCAGUUUGAGCAGUGUAUGGUUCAGAUGCUGCAGUCUCUGAAGGAGCCCAUGGAAUGUAAACCUGGAGAGAUCAAUAUCUUUAAUCUGGAUGUGGUUCAAGACAAAGCUUGUGAGCAGUGUGUUUCUAUCAUGAAGGUCUUUAUUAAGUGCCUUGAGCAUCUCAGCACCAAGACUGAUGGAGAAAUUGGCACCUCUCAUUUGUCUGUGGACUUGGCCUCGCCUGAUCUUUUUGGAAGCAUCCAAAAAGACUUCGGUUCAAAACCAGAGCAACGUCUCCUCAUCAUCCUCAGUAACUGUCAGUAUCUGGAGAGACACACGUUUCUCAGUCUGGCUGAGCACCUGGAGAAGAACGGCUUCACCACUGCAGAGAAGAUCAUCAGGGUCAGCAUAGAGGCGUUAAGACAGCUGGAUGAAUAUCUGUUUGAGACGUACAUCGAGAAAAAAUCUGAUCCUAUCGUCGGCUCUCUGGAGCCUGGCAUCUAUGCCGGAUACUUUGACUGGAAAGACUGCCUGCCACCUACAGGUGUGAGGAGUUAUUUGAAGGAGGCUUUGGUCAGCAUCAUCUCUGUUCAUGCUGAGGUUUUCACAGUUUCCAAGGAGCUGGUUUCUCGUGUUUUAUCAAAGAUCAUUGAGGCUAUAGCUGAAGAAAUGAGCCGUCUGAUGCAGUGUGUGUCCUCCUUUAGUAAAAACGGUGCACUGCAGGCACGUCUGGAAAUCUGUGCGCUGCGAGACGCCAUAGAGCUGUACCUCACAUCAGAGAGUCUCGCUAGUUUUAAGCAGGCAUUGGAAGCUCUACCACAGCUACAGAGUGGAGCUGACAAGAAACUCUUGGAGGAGCUACUGAAUAAGUUUAAGAGUAGUAUGAAGCUACAGCUUAAUUGCUUCAAGCCUGCCUCUUUUCAGCCUGUGAAGCGAUAAGCCUUCACAAAUCCCCAACAUUUCAACAGCACCUCUGAGUUGUAACACUAAGACACCAUUUCAGUUUUAAAAACCAUUCAGAACCAUUAAAAGUCAAUUUAGUGCCACUAAUAUACCCUUUUCUACUUGCUGAAUUACACUUGUUUUCUUGUGAGCAUGUAGUGGCCUGUUGAUAAUUAACAGGCUCAUUAAUCUGAAAAGUUGCACUACCUCUUUGUCCAGAUGCGCAUUAAAAGCCUAAAUAAAAUUAUGUGCUCUUGC